CGCCGUCUAGGUCCCGCGGGAGGCGGAGGACGACGACCAUGAUGCCACUGCUGGGCUGCCCGAGGCGCAGCGGCGGCGGCGAAGCGCAGCUUGGAUCCGGCGCCGGUGCGCCCUGAGCGGAGGACGCGGGCCCCGCCGGCCACCGGAGGAGCAGGAGCAGGAGGAGGAGACGGGACGCGCCCAGCCCGCAGGAGGCGGAUGGCGGCCGGGGCCAGGCCCGGGAGGGCAGCAGCAGCAGCAUGAGCCGAGGUGGCCCAGCGACCCUGAGCCCGCCGCCGCCACCGCCGCGACUUGAUUGAUGCUCGAGAGCCCCGCUCCACAAAUAUGAUGAAAUGGCAGCCCCGGAAGAAGGCCUACUUCCGACAGGGCGUUGCCCUCCAGUACCUUGGGCGCCAUGCCGAUGCUCUGGCAGCGUUUGCCUCUGGGUUGGCUCAAGAUCCCAAGAGUCUGCAGCUCCUGGUGGGGAUGGUGGAAGCCGCCAUGAAGUCCCCAAUGCGAGAGUCCCUGGAGCCCACAUACCAGCAGCUGCAGAAGAUGAAGCUGGACAAGAGCCCCUUCGUGGUGGUCUCCGUGGUUGGCCAGGAGCUGCUGACCGCUGGCCAUCACGGUGCCUCGGUGGUGGUCCUGGAAGCUGCCUUGAAGAUUGGCACCUGCAGCCUGAAGCUGAGGGGCUCCGUCUUCUCAGCCCUGAGCAGCGCCUACUGGUCCCUGGGCAACACCGAGAAAAGCACUGGCUACAUGCAGCAGGACUUGGACGUGGCCAAGACGCUAGGUGACCAGAUGGGUGAAUGCCGAGCUCACGGCAAUCUGGGCUCUGCAUUCUUCUCCAAAGGAAAUUACCGGGAGGCCUUGACGAACCACAGACAUCAGCUGAUGCUUGCCAUGAAGCUCAAGGACAGAGAGGCGGCCUCCUCUGCCCUCAGCAGCCUGGGCCACGUCUACACCGCCAUCGGCGACUACCCCAACGCCCUGGCCAGCCACAAGCAGUGCGUCCUCUUGGCCAAGCAAGGCAAGGACGAGCUCUCCGAGGCCCGGGAGCUGGGCAACAUGGGCGCCGUCUACAUCGCCAUGGGGGACUUCGAGAACGCCGUGCAGUGCCACGAGCAGCACCUGGAGAUCGCCAAGGCCCUGGGCAACCAGCGGGAGGAAGCCCGGGCCUACAGCAACCUGGGCAGCGCUUACCACUACCGGCGUAACUUCGACAAGGCCAUGUCGUACCACAACCACGUGCUGGAGCUGGCCCGGCAGCUGGAGGAGAAGUCCUUCGAGAUGCGGGCCUACGCCGGCCUGGGUCACGCCGCCCGGUGCAUGCAGGAUCUGGAGCGGGCCAAGCAGUACCACGAGGAGCAGCUGGGCAUCGCCGAGAGCCUGCAGGACCGGGCCGCCGAGGGCCGAGCCUCCUCCAACCUAGGCAUCAUCCACCAGAUGAAGGGCGACUACGAGGUGGCGCUGAAGCUGCACAAGGCGCACCUGUCCAUCGCGCAGGAGCUGAACGACUACGCCGCCCAGGGCCGGUCCUACGGCAACAUGGGCAACGCUUACCAUGCCCUGGGCGUCUUUGACCAGGCGGUCAAGUACCACCGGCAGGAGCUGCAGAUCUCCAUGGAGGUCAACGACCGGGCUUCGCAAGCCUCCACCCACGGCAACCUGGCCGUGGCGUACCAAGCGCUGGGCGCCCACGACCGAGCCCUUCAGCACUACCAGAACCACCUCCACAUUGCCCGGGAGCUGCGGGACAUCCAGAGCGAAGCGCGGGCCCUGGGGAACCUGGGCAGCUUCCACUGCUCCCGGGGGGAGUUUGCCCAGGCGGCCCCUUACUACGAGCAGUACCUGCAGCUCUCCCCCGAGCUGCAGGACAUGGAGGGCGAAGGCAAGGUCUGCCACAACUUGGGCUACGCCCACUACUGCUUGGCCAACUACGAGGAGGCCGUGAAGUACUACGAACAGGACCUGGCCCUGGCCAAGGACUUGCACGACAAGCUGAGCCAAGCCAAGGCCUUCUGCAACUUGGGCCUGGCCUUCAAGGCCCUGGGCAACUUCAGCAAGGCCGAGGAGUGCCAGAAGUACCUCCUGUCGCUGGCGCAGUCCCUCGGCAACUCCCAGGCCAAGUUCCGGGCCCUGGGCAACCUGGGCGACAUCGCCGUGUGCCAGAAGGACAUGGCCGGGGCCAUCAAGUUCUACGAGCAGCAGCUGAGCUUGGCCCACCAGGUCACGGACCGGAAGCUGGAGGCCAGCGCCUACGCCGCCCUGGGCGCCGCCCACCGCAUGGUGCAGAAGUGCGACAAGGCGCUGGGCUACCACACGCAGGAGCUGGAGGUCUACCAAGAGCUGGGCGAGGCGCUGGGCGAGUGCCGGGCCCACGGGCACCUGGCCGCCGUCUACAUGGCGCUGGGCAAGUACACCAUGGCCUUCAAGUGCUACGAGGAGCAGCUGGAGCUGGGCCAGCGGCUGGCGGACGCCGGCAUCGAGGCCCAGGUCUACGGCAACAUGGGCAUCACCAAGAUGAACAUGAGCGCCAUGGAGGAGGCCAUUGGCUACUUCGAGCAGCAGCUGGCCACCCUGCAGCAGCUGAGCGGGAGCGAGGCCGUGCUGGACCGGGGCCGGGCCUUCGGGAACCUGGGCGACUGCUACGAGGCGCUGGGGGACUUCGAGGAAGCCAUCAAGUACUACGAGCAGUACCUGUCUGUCGCCCAGAGCCUGAGCCGCAUGCAGGACCAGGUGAAGGCUUACCGGGGCCUGGGCAACGGGCACAGGGCCAUGGGGAGCUUGCAGCAGGCCCUGGUCUGCUUUGAGAAGAGGCUGGUGGUGGCCCACGAGCUGGGGGAGGCCUUUGACAAAGCCCAGGCCUACGGGGAGCUGGGCACCCUCCACAGCCAGCUGGGCAACUACGAGCAAGCCAUCUCCUGCCUGGAGCGCCAGCUGGCCAUCGCUCGCGAGAUGAAGGACCAGGCCCUGGAGGGGAACGCGGCCUGCGGCUUGGGCAGCGUCUACCAGCAAAUGGCCGAGUACGACACGGCCCUCCAGUACCACCAGCUGGACCUCCAGAUCGCGGAGGAGACCCAGAACCCCGCCUGCCAAGGCCGGGCGUACGGGAACCUGGGCCUGACCUACGAGUCGCUGGGCACCUACGAGAGGGCCGUGGUCUACCAGGAGCAGCACCUGAGCAUCGCCGCCCAGAUGAAUGACCUGGUGGCCAAGACGGCCUCUUACAGCAGCCUGGGCAGGACGCACCACGCCCUGCAGAAUUACGCCCAGGCGGUGAUGUACCUGCAGGAAGGGCUGAGGCUGGCGGAGCAGCUGGGGCGCAGGGAGGACGAAGCCCGGAUCCGGCACGGUUUGGGCCUUUCGCUUUGGGCCAGCGGGAACCUGGAGGAGGCUCAGCACCAGCUCUACCGGGCUUCGGCCCUCUUUGAGACCAUCCGGCACGAGGUGCGGCUGAGCACGGACUACAAGCUCUCCCUCUUUGACCUGCAGACCUCCUCCUACCAGGCCCUGCAGCGGGUGCUGGUUAGUUUGGGUCACCAUGACGAGGCACUGGCGGUGGCGGAGCGGGGCCGCACGAGAGCCUUUGCCGACCUGCUGGUGGAGCGCCAGACGGGGCAGCAAGACUCGGACCCCUACUCCCCCGUGACGGUCGAUCACGUGCUGGAGACGGUGAACGGGCAGCGCGGACUGGUCCUCUACUACUCGCUGGCUGCGGGGCACCUCUACAGCUGGCUGCUGGCUCCGGGGGCCGGAAUCCUGAAGUUCCACGAAUGCUACCUGGGCGAUGGCCCAGCGGAGAACUCGGGGGACUUCCAAGAGAGCAGCGCAAACCUCCAGGCAGUCACCAGCUCGGCCCUGGAGCAGCUCAGCGCCAGCGUCCGGGAUGCGCUGGGCGUGGAUUCCUACUACACGCGGCCCUCUGCCAGCAGCGAGACGGAGAGCGAGGCAGGAGACAUUAUGGAUCAGCAGUUUGAGGAGAUGAACAACAAGCUGAAUUCGUCGACAGACCCCACCGGCUUCCUGAGGAUGGUUAGCAGGAACAACCUCUUCAACAGGAGCUGCCAGAGUAUGAGCAGCCUUUUCAGCAGCCCCGUCUCCCCAGCAAAGGAGGCCCCCGCCACGUCCUCCCUCCCCCGGCGGCCCAGCUCCUUCAGCAAGCCACCGCUGCGCGCCCUCUACGACCUGCUCAUCGGGCCCAUGGAAGGGGGCCUGAUGCACUCCAGUGGGCCCGUGGGCCGGCACCGGCAGCUCAUCCUGGUUCUGGAGGGGGAGCUCUACCUCAUCCCCUUUGCGCUCCUCAAGGGCAGCUCCUCCAACGAAUACCUGUACGAGCGCUUCAGCCUCAUUGCGGUGCCCUCCAUCCGCGCCCUGAACGCCAGCGCCAAGAGCCAGGCCAAGAAGAACGCCGCGAGCUACGCCGGCUCGCCCUCCAUGGCGGCCGUCGUGGGCAACCCCAAGCUGCCGGCCUCGGUGAUGGACCGCUGGCUGUGGGGGCCCAUGCCCUCGGCCGAGGAGGAGGCCUACACCGUCUCGGAGCUGCUGGGCUGCCAGCCGCUGGUCGGCAGCCUGGCCACCAAGGAGCGAGUGAUGAGCGCGCUGGCCCAGGCGGAGUGUGCCCACUUCGCCACCCACGUCUCCUGGAAACUGGCUGCCCUCGUCCUGACCCCCAACGGCGAGAGUGCCGCCGGCGGUGGCGGCAGUGGCGGCGGCGGCGGCAGCGGCAAAGGCUCCUUUGGCCACUCCUACACCAUCCCGGAGUCGCUGCGCAUGCAGGACGACGCCAGCGACGUGGAGAGCAUCUCGGACUGCCCGCCCCUGCAGGAGUUCCUGCUCACGGCGGCCGACGUGUUGGACCUGCGGCUGCCCGUCAAGCUGGUGGUGCUGGGCUCCUACCAGGAGUCCAGCGGCAAAGUCACGGCGGACGGGCUGAUUGGGCUGACGCGGGCCUUCCUGGCGGCCGGCGCCCACUGCGUCCUGGUGGCCCUGUGGCCCGUGCCGGUGGCUGCCUCCAAGGCCUUUGUGCAUGCCUUCUACACAGCCCUGCUGAACGGCCUGAAGGCCAGCGCCGCCCUCGGGGAAGCCAUGAAGGCGGUGCAGAGCAGCAAGCAGUUCUCCCACCCCUCCAACUGGGCAGGCUUCGUGCUGAUUGGGAGUGAUGUGAAGCUGAACAGCCCCUCCUCUCUGAUCGGGCAGGCCCUGACGGACAUCCUCCAGCACCCCGAGCGGGCGCGCGACGCCCUGCGGGUCCUGCUACACCUGGUGGAGAAGUCCCUGCAGCGCAUCCACAGCGGGCAGCACAACUCCAUGUACACCUCCCAGCAGAGCGUGGAGAACAAAGUGGGCGGUAUCCCAGGCUGGCAGGCGCUGCUGACCGCCGUGGGCUUCCGGCUGGACCCUCCAGCCAGCGGGCUUCCGGCGGCCGUCUUCUUCCCCACCGCAGACCCUGGGGACCGGCUGCAGCAGUGCAGCACCACCAUCCAGUCCUUGCUCGGUUUGCCCAACGCCGCCCUGCAGGCCCUGUGCAAGCUCAUCGCCGCCUCCGAAACGGGGGAGCAGCUCAUCAGCCGGGCUGUUAAAAAUAUGGUGGGAAUGCUCCAUCAGGUCUUGGUGCAGCUCCAGGUUGGAGAGAAGGAGCAGGACUUCUCUUUGGCCCCAAUCCAAGUCUCCAUUAGCGUCCAGCUUUGGCGGCUGCCUGGCUGCCACGAGUUCCUGGCAGCGUUAGGCUUCGAUCUGUGCGAGGUCGGGCAGGAGGAAGUGACGCUGAAGACGGGCAAGCAGGCCAGCCGCAGAACCAUGCACUUUGCGCUCCAGACCCUGCUGGCGCUUUUUGACUCCACAGAGCUCCCCAAACGGCUGAGCUUGGACAGCUCCUCGUCCCUCGAGUCCUUGGCCUCGGCUCAGUCCACCUCCAAUCCCGGGCCGCUCAGCUACCAGAACCCGCCCUUCUCCCCGACGUGCCCCGACAGCCUGGCCGCCGACGCCAUCUCCGUGUACAGCCUGAGCUCCAUCGCCUCCUCCGUCAGCUUCGCCUCCAAGGCCGAGUGCGUCUCGGACGGGGGCCACGCCAGGGGCCGCCAGGACUGCGAGAGGCCCAAGACCAUCUACCCGCAGCGGCCCUCUGCGCCGCAGGGCUCGUUCUCGCCACAGGGCGGUGCGGCCCCCGGCAAAGAGGCGGAGGAGGAGGAGUACGAGGGCUUCUCCAUCAUCAGCAACGAGCCCCUGGCGGCGUACCGGGAGAACAGCCGGACGCGGUUUUCCCCCGACCUCAAACCCUCCCGGACUCCUCAGGCCGCAGGGGCCAAAGUGUCGGUCAGCUCUAAGGGGAGCGUCAGUUCCCCAAACUCCCCCGUCAAAAUGACUCUCGUUCCCAGCCCAAACUCCCCGUUCCAGAAGGUGGGGCGGCUCGCCGGGUCGGACACGGGCGAGUCGGACCAGUCCAGCACGGAAACCGACAGCACCGUCAAGUCCCAGGAGGAGGAGGAGAAGAAGAAGAAGAACGGCGACCCGCGGCUCGACCCCCAGGCGCUGGCUCAGAAGAUCCUGCAGGAGACGCAGAGCCACCUCCUGGCCGUGGAGCACCUGCAGCGCGGCGGCGGCGGGCGGCGGCUCAGCAAGAGCAGCAGCCUGGACAACACGCCCUCCACGCCCGGCGGCGGCGGCGGCGGCGGUGGGGCCUCCUCCUUCCGGGCCUCAGAGACCAGCGCCUUCAGCAGGCCGCUGUGCUCCGGCUACAAGGGCCAGGCCUCCCCCACCCCACUGAAGCCAAAGCCCCCCACCAGGAGCUCUUCCCUGCAGAAGGUCAGCUCCGGCUACAACAGCCCCACCACCUCCGAGGCCUCGGCCAGGGAGGGCGCCGCUCCGCACAGCGGCCAGCCCUCCCCCAGCUCCGACGGCCCGGGCCUGGAGCAGCCGCUCUUCCGGCUCAAGUACCCCAGCUCGCCCUACAGCACCCACAUUUCCAAGUCGCCCCAGAACAUCUCCCCCAGCUCAGGGCAUCACUCUCCCGCCGGCAGCACCCCUUCGCCGGCCCUCUCCUACUCCUCCGCUAGCUCCACCCGCUCCAGCCCCGCCGAUGCCCCGGCCAUCGACAAGCUCAAGAUGGCCGCCAUCGACCAGAAGGUGCAGGCCAUCCACAACCUGAAGAUGUUCUGGCAGAACAGCCCCUCCCACCCGCCGGGCCUCGGGCGGAACCUGCGGGGCGCCUCGGGCCGGCCGGCCAGCAGGAGGGACGUGCUGAGCUUGCUCAACCUUUCUCCGCGGCACAGCAAGGAGGAGGAGAAGGCAGCGGACAAGCUGGAGCUGAAGGACCUGUCCGCUCCGCGGCCCCUCGCUCGAUCUCCGCAGAGGGACCCCCCCAACGGACACAGGCGCCCUGCCGACUCCGCCGGUCCCCUGGCGGCCGCAGCGCCCCCUGGCAGCGCCCCCGGCUCGGUGCACCCCGUACGGCUGCCUUCUGGGAACGGCUACAAGUUCUUAUCGCCCGGACGUUUCUUCCCUUCUUCCAAGUGCUGAAACCUCUCUUCCGCCGGCUCCUUUGGUCGGUCAAAUUCCCUGGGCCUUUUCCCCGCCCACUUGCUUGAAUGAUACAGAACCUUGGGAAACGAGGCAGGGAACUGGGACACACACACACACCCUGGGCCCGGCGAGAGGCCUGGG